AUGGUUUUGUCUAUUCCAGUCAUUGCUCUGGGAGCUACCUUGGGGACAGCUACAAGCAUCCUUGCUUUAUGCGGUCUCACCUGCUUGUGCAAAUGCAAGCGAGCUGGGAAAGCAGACUCAGACAAGGAAAAAGGUCUGUGUGCCGAAAAUGCCAAGCCCAGCGUGCUCCAGACUGUCCAGCAGUUCAACCUUGAGAAGACAGCAGAACCUGUACAGCCAAGGACAAUCCUAAAGUUCCCCCAUAUCUAUGGUCCAAAGCCUGUUGUGACUUCAUCAGAAAUUGCUAACUAUGGAGACUACACCUCAAAGACAACAAAAGAGCCAAGCAAAGGAAAAUCUGAAAGUUUGGAUGAAAAACGGGUGAACAUACAAGUCAAUGAAGAGUUAUUUGCUAUUUCUCAAAAUGGUGGAAUGAAGGAUGUGUGUGUCACCGAGCGCCUGAGUCCUGAGAAGGCCGCCUGCUGCAACCAGAUGCCAGAACUUCACUAUUCUCUUGGCUACAACAGACAGAAAAAUGCAUUGUGUGUCACUUUGCUUGAAAUUCUAUAUGAAACCACACUAGGAGACCAGAACACUGGCUGCGAUUGCUACAUCCUUGGCACUUUGGUGAGCAAGUCUGGCACUACGGAAGCUCAGACUGUGCUGAAGAAGAAGCAGCUCCAUGUGGCCUGGGAGGAUGUUCUGCUGUUUCCAGUCAAAGAGGAGGAACUGCCAGAGGGGACCCUGACCCUCACCUUGAGAAACUGUGACAAGUUCUCUCGGCACAUCAUCGUUGGGGAAGUUAAGCCAAAGCUGGCUAGUGUGGGGGAGCCAUAUGGACCUGUGCAGUCUGAAAAGAUGAAAGCCUUUGACAAGGAGCCAGAUGCAGGUUAUGGAGAAGUUCUCCUUUCCAUCAGUUACCUGCCAGCAGCAAACCGCCUGCUUGUGGUACUCAUAAAGGCCAAGAAUCUUCAUUCUAAACAGCUGAAAGAACUCCUUGGGAAAGAUAUAUCUGUCAAAGUAACACUGAAGCACCAGGCCCUGAAACUGAAGAAGAAGCAGACAAAGCGUGCAAAACACAAGAUUAACCCGGUCUGGAAUGAGAUGAUUAUGUUUGAGGUGCCCCAUGAUCUGCUCUGUGCCUCCAGUGUGGAGCUGGAGAUGUUAAGUCAGGAUGGUGAUGGGCAAAACCACUUACUGGGCAAGUGCAGUCUUGGUCUGCAUGCCACUGGAACAGAGAGGAGUCACUGGGAGGAGAUGCUGAGGAACCCCAGAAAGCAGAUUGCUAUGUGGCAUCAACUUCACAUGUAACUAAGGUAGUAGAAAUGCUGAUCAACUAUCGGUCAGUAAACUGGUUUCAGUGCCGAGGGAAGAAAGAGCUGUGUCAGCAUUCCCCAAAACUUGAAUUAGAUCCAUUCACAUGAUCAAGCACAAUUCUUGUACUAUUUCUGUUGCCCCUAAAUAUUUCCUACUAAAAGAAUACUUUAUACAUUAGCAGAGCAAGGUGUUGAAUGGUUCAUUAAUACAUAGUAAUUCCUAAUUUAGUUGCAUGAUCCCAUUUCCACUUUUUUAGGCCUUUGCACCUAGGAUAGAAUUUGGGUUUUUACUAAUUUAUAUAUUAUUUUUGAAAAGCAAGUUGAAAUGAAAGUAGAAUUUAUUCCAAACAUUAAAAACACAAAAAUUAUCUUGUUGCAGAAAAUUUCAUCAUUUUCCUUCCAAAUGUGGCAAGGAAAUAAACCUAAAACCAAGAGGAAUUUGACAACUAUCCUGUUCUUGGUACCAGCAUCAUUAGUGAAUGUCUAACUCUAUUUAUUCAUUUGCUCUUUAUACAUUUUUUUCAGUACCACAGCUUGGAAAAAUUAUUUUAUCAUUCUACAACUCAGAUUCAUCCAGGCAUUGUGGCCAUUGUGCCAUCUACAUUACAUACACUCUGCACAGAAUAACAGAAUAGAUAUUUACCCCAAGGUACUUACAGUAAAGCCAGAACAAGAACACCCUGAACACUCCCAGUCUUCAAUUUUGGAAACUAAGUGGUGGUGGGACUGACUAGUAUUCAGAUGAAGCGUCUCCAGAUAGAGCUAGGAUUGAAUCUGAAGAGGCACUGUAAGUCGGAGUCGAAAAUAAUGAGACCAAUGGUCUCAGUAUAAGGCAGGUUCCUACAUGCUAUUGUACCCCCAAGGAAAACAAGUGACCAAAGAGAAAGAAAUUGAGACAAAUAAAGAGGAAGAAAGUACAGUUAUUAAUAGUUAAACUUAAGGUCAAAUAUUUGACAUAUUAACCUGCAUGGCUUUUGUUAUAUAUCUAGCAGCCCUGGGGUAGUAAUUACAUACUAAAGCCACAAGACUAUGGCAGGUAGGAAUGAGUGGGUUGAACUCACCUCUGCCCUGUCAAAGGUUAUAGUCACACCACAAAAUUAUAGCAGUUUGCCACCACAUUACCUGUCGUGGCCUAUUGUUACGGAAUUCUGAAAUUUAUAGUUUUAUAACAUAUUUACCCUUCUCUAUCUGAGAGCUCUCGUGCCACAAGUUAUUUUUAGACCAUGGCUCUCAGAAUCCUCUGCACAAUGUGAUAAUUGACCAGAAGUUGAAAAUCUGGUCUAUCAGAAUUGUCUUCUGAUUUAGUUCCUAGUUUAUGAAAGGCUUAUCCCAAGUCCAAUGCAGUUCCAUGACAAAACUGCCCCCUAACACAUCCUAGUGUGUGUGGUGGAGUUUUUGAGUUAUUGUUUCAAAGGAAAAUAAAAUAAAAUUGGGGACAGAGGUCAGGUCAGGUCAUUGCUUUCCAAGGUUCUGAAGGGAUCUAAUUCAUUCCAUAGUUACUGGCAGCUAUUCAUCUCUGGACUAGACAAUCAUCCAGUUGCCCCAAUUUGGCAGGGACAGUAUCAAUUAAUCCUGUGUUAUCUCACUGUUUGCUCUCAAAAUAAUCCAGUUUCUCCUCUCUUCCUUUGCUUCAUGCUCGGUUAAAUUUAAUUGGUACAAACUGAGUUUGAAAUAGAACUAUAAUUUGCACUCAGUUAACUAUGCAGGGAAGGAAAAAAGGAAGGAGCAGAAUCUUGCCCUUCCCAAAACUUUCAGGCAAGAGCAACCAGCUGCAGCCUCUCCUCGAAUUUGUGUUCUUUCUCCUGUCAAUUCAUCUGAUGUUGCUGUUUUCAUGCGUGAAAGGUUGAAGAGUAUGAAGUUAUAGCUGUACAAUCUGAACCCUAAGAUUCUAUAUAAUAAGAUAUUAUCUCCUCCUCUUUCUCCUCCUCCUCCUCGGUUUCAUGGUCUACCAAGUAUUACUGACUGAAGGUUUAGAUCAUCAAUUAUUUGGAUUCUGUUUAAGAAUCUCAGAAUCUAGAAUGAUUCAUUGAAUAACAUGGUACAUUUCAAGUAAUGCAGCUUUUGUCAUUGUUCUAUUGUAAUUACACUACCUAUAGCAAUUUCAUUCAGAUGUUUUGUCACUCCAUUUGAAAUUGCUUCUAGAGAACCUAUCAAUACUGGAAACACAGUUAUUUUCUCUUCUCAGAAGCCCUGGAUAGGUUUUGGCAUUUCAAAAUAAUUUCCUUCUCUAUCUAUAAUCCAAGCUCCCCUGUUAUGUCUGACAUAUUAUGUUUUAAAUCUUUGCCAAUUUGAAUCUUAACAUUUUUGCUUCAAUAUUUUUGACAACCUUUUCAGACCCAUCAAUUCAGCUGGUGAAUCGUAUUCUUUGCAUAAAUACUAAAGUACAAUUGCAGCAAUUUAUCAUACUAUACCUUAUAUUUAUUCUGUGUGAUCUUGCAGCAGGAAUUGAUAGGGUGCACAACAGAUUUAUUAUUGUUAUUAUGGCUAUUCCGCUCAAAUUCCACCUUCUCCUCAAAAUUUGAACUUAGCAAUAUUAAAACAAAUACCGAUAAAAUGCAUGGAAAGAUGUAAAAACAUGGAAAAGUUUGUUAAAAGACACUUAAGCCAGCAACCACAUAAUUAAGACAAAUAUACAAAAGAGGCUCAACAUAAAAACAACUGUAGCAGAACACUAUUAGAACCACUUAUGGUCAGUUCCUAAAAGUCUGUUGGAAUAGAAAUGUUUUUUUACCUGCAGGAAGACAGCAAGGUGGAGAUGUUUGGACCUCCAUAAGGUCCAAAGCCACCAUGAAAACCUCCUGCCAACCUAGCAGUUCGAAAACAUGCAGAUGUGUGUAGAUCAAUAGGUACCAUGCUGGCGGGAAAGUAACAGCACUCCAUGCAGUCAUGCUGGUCACAUGACCUUGGAGGUGUCUACGGACAAUGCUGGCUCUUCAGUUUAGAAAUGGAGAUGAGCACUAACCCCCAAAGUUGUACUAGACUUAAUUUCAAGGGAUUACAGUGAUGGGGGUGAAUUUGCUCUGGGUUUUAAUCUGGGUUUUAGUCACCUUGUAUCUCAUUUUGAGAGAAAAACAGGAUAUCAAAUAAGUAAAUAAACUUUAAAGAAGCUGCUAGCCAAGGUGGCAAAUCCAAUUGUUAGAGCCAUUCCCUUAAAAAGAUAGAUGCAACACAGAUGGAAAGCUUAAUUUCCUUCUUUAUUUUUCAUUUUUCAAUUCUCAUGAAGAGCAAAUCAGUGACAGAUACAUCUGUUAACUGAACUGCUGUGACGUAGAAAAUGUUAGUUCAGACCAAGGAUACAUUAAAUUGCUGAACAGAUUACUGUCAUCAUGGUUGCUUUUAAAGUUCAAAUUGCCUGGCGGGAGGGGAGUUGAGGAUAGGUAGUCAGGAAAGGAAAAGAAAGGGCUAGAAUUAAUUCUAUAUUCUGUCCUUUUAACAGAAAAAUAUGAAUGUCCAAGUUGUCCAGAAAGAUUGCCUGUUGGAGCGCAUGCAUACAUGCUUUAUUUAGUAAGAAUAAUUGGAAAUAUAAUUAACUAUUUUAGCCUACACUGCUUAACCUUCUUAUGAUAUUUUACUCCUUUGCUAUUGGGACAAGUGAAACUGUCCAGUGCAAACAGUGUGGUAAAUCUGAAAGUUAUUGGUUAUGUCAGACUUGCAUUUUAAGGAUAAGCAAAGCAAUCUGGUCUCUCCACUGGCCCUAUUAGAUAACUUUUUUAAAAACUUGCCAGCAUUUUAAAUGAUGGAAUUUUAUGAAUAAUAAUAAUAAUAAUAAUAAUAAUAAUAAUAAUAAUAAUAACUUUAUUCUUAUUCUUAUACCCCGCCUCUAUCUCCCCAAAGGGGACUCAGGGCGGCUUACAUGGGGCCAAGCCCGAAUAAAAACAAUAGCAAUAUAAAACAUAACAAUAGACAAAAGACAUGCACAAUUAUAAAAAUUUAAACAUUAGCCAAUAAAAACAAAUGACAAGAACUAAUAAAAACGGAUUAAAAUGGAGAGGUUGUAAAAGUAGACUGGGUAAGGUGCACCAUAUAAAUAUUGUAAACACGAGGUGACUGAUAAAGUGCUACAAAUUAAUAGGAAGGAGAAAGUUAGUCCAGUCUCCCAAAGGUUUACAGAUCGCUUUACUGCUGAUCUUUCUUGUGGAUCAGUUCUUGUGACUCACAAUUGCCGGAUUGUGCAGCUGAAGCAGAAACCCAUUCUUGGCAAAGUACAAAUAUAAACCAACACCCUCUUUGGUUCUUUAUGUCAUAUCUUUCCACAUCAAGGAUGUACCAUGUAGAAAAUGAGGCUCUAACAAAAACACAAUAGUACUGAUGUCAGGUUCAGACAGAUCCAUGCACAAAGGCAUAGAUUUUCCAACCGUGGAUCUCAUGCCAAAUUGUAUGAACACACUGCAUGAUAGGGUUAAACAAUUGGAUAAAAUUAACUAACUACAUUUGGCAGAGCAUGUGUCCACACUGUUCCAGCACGGCCCAAUCUGAGUCCUUUAUAUCUAUAUGAAUUGGUUCUUUCAAUUGUUGCUCACUGCAGUGAGUCACAGCCACAAUUGUGAUGUGUGCUUCUAUUAGAUUUAGUUUAUCAAAUCACCUGCACAUACUGAAUUCACAUGUACUUUACCUGCGCUUUGUAAUGUGAUGAUCUGUCUUAGUCUUUUUCUGAAACAAGUUGAUUUGCCACUUGUAAAAGUAAGUGUGUAAUGUGAAUUGUGAUGUAGCAGCAACAAAGGAGAGGAGACAUAGCUGUCAGCAGGAGAGGAGGCAAAGGACAACUUUGGUCAUAUUUACCAGCUCAGCUUGACUAUCUAAAGGUAACAAGGUGAUAUGGCUUUUUCUUGUAUGUGCACUUUUGAAGGUCAUUUUGAGAGAUGUCUGAGUAGAUCUGAUGUCCGAAUUCUGUAAAUAUACACACACAGUUUGAAAAGCUGUAAAAAGGCUAGGAACAUUCAUCUGAUAAAAUAUAAUGGAUAGGCCCAGAGGGACAGAUCGCAUUGGCUAACCCUUUCAAAUUAUAUAUUUAUUGUUUUAAAAAGCCAAGUAUUUGUUGUUGUCAUUGUAUUCAAUGUUCAAAGCACAAGAUAAAAGCAUGAAAGUUGGUAUCCAAUUUUACAACACAAGAAAAUCAAUAAAAUUCAGCCAUAAACACGUGA